CAAGAUUAAAGCGAAGAUUAGAAAACAGAGGCAAGGAAACCAAAUGAAGAAAACAGUGCGAAAGGGUUAGUCACACAUUGUGCCGUUGUCCUCAAAAUCAUUCAACUGUCUGCAAGAGUGGCUCAAACGCACGCGUUAUUCUCUUCGUCUGCAUGACUUCCACUUUGGUUACGACUUCCUGCAUGGCUAAGCAACGCACCCAACAGCACUAAACUGUUGCCCCCUUGCUUCCUCACUAGUGCCCGAAACCUUCAAUUUUGAGUGGUUAGAUGUCCUCAAGUCACCGCACCAUAAACCGUCGUCAUCCGAUAUGCUCGAGCAGCACCCGGCCAGGGUAACAAUGAGCACGCCUCACGAACGCACAACUGCAGCACAAUGGUGUACCAGCAAAAACACGAUCAUGAUGACAGUUUUCCGGUGUCUUCCCUUACGAAACGGUGCCCAUGCGAAAACUUGGGCCCCUUUCCCGGUACGCCCGGAUUGGAAAAUGGAGGAAAGGAUGAAUGCGUCUCGAGUGUUCGGUUUCAGUUGUGCACGAGACAUCGACCGAACGGACCACAUUGCCGCCCGGUAAGCCUGUGGCCAAGUGAGUGUGAUUCCUUCUAUCCAAAACGAAGGCAAAAAAGUGUUAUCCACAGCCCGAACUACACUACUUCCUUUCGUGAAGUUGCUACACAUUUCUGUGGCCGAGUGAGUGGAACUCUUUUUUUUUUUGGGUGCAUUUUCUGUGUGGCGUAAUGAGAUAUCGAGCGUGGGGUACAUUGUUGGCUAGUUUGGCCGGAUUGCUGCUCAUGCUGGGCAUGCCCGAUCGGAUUGCAGCCGACCUGAUGGGUGACAUCCAGCAAGGGUUGAAAACGACCGGCAAGUUGUUCGGCAUCAACACGAUUGCCGAUGUGGCCGAUCUGGUAGCGAAGGGGUUUGCAACGCGCCGUGGCUCACAGGAACCGCAGCGGCCAGCACAAGCCACCGAAAAUGUCGGUAUUGCGGACGGACUGCUCACUCAAGCACCGUCCAUGAUGACCAUUAUGAUGAAACUGCUCGGGCUGGAUGGUAACCAGCUGGGCGCAAUGCUGGUCAACGGUAUCGUGUUCCUAGCGCACAUUAUAGGGACAAAUUUGGGAGCCUUUCGGUCACCCACCCUUGACGCGUCAUCCUCCACCUUCCCAACGGAACCACCACCAUUGACGGGUGAAUCAGAACCAUCCCAAGCAAACGACAGUCAAAAGCCUGGAUCUACUCCACUGGAAUGGUUACUGCGCAAUCCUUCGAAACGCUUCCGUGUGCUACUGGAUCAGGUACAGAACACCGACCUGGCUGAGCGUCUGGAUCGCGAAAUGGACCAGCUCGACCGCUAUGCGCCCGAGGACACGGACUGCAUCCGAUUGCUGAUGUGCAAGGUGAAACCCUUCAUCUGGAAGAUGCAAAAUGUCGUUCGCGACCAGAUACUGCUGAAGACCGAUGGACAGCAGCAAUCCGCCAACGAGCGGUCUAAACCGUCCGCUUUCGCUCCUAAUGGUGAAGAGAUCCUGAAGGGUAUACAUGAAAAUUUACCCUCGGAAGAGGAAUUCCUGCGGCAGAGUAAAGCUUGUGAGCAACAGUUUCGACACUGUCGGAGGUUGCCCGAGUAAAACAAUCUCCAGACAGCUUUGGGCACCGAAAGAGGGAAGUAAGAGACGGCGAUGUUGACGGGAAGCGUUACACGUACCUUUGGCACUUGGUUACGCUGUGCUGGAUUUUUCGAUACGGUUGAAAGUACAAUGGAAAUAAUAAUGCUUAAAGUAUAUACGACAAAAAUGGUUGCAACACAAUGCGUAAUGCUCGAUUACCGUUGGGUUUAUUGUUAAGUGCUGUAAAUGUUAAACAUGUGCAAUGAUUGUGUAAAAUAAAUUAAAAGUAUGGUUAGUUCCUUUUUUAGCUGAUAUAAGCAUACCAAAACGAAUAGCCACAGUUUAAGAGAAAAAUGUCGUAUGACUAUAAUAAUAUAUUGACGAGU